CUUCAUUGUAACGCUGCAGACUUACUUCCAAGCUUCUUACAUUUACUUUGUUUCUUACUAUGGCUUAAUUGCGAAACUGACGAACUUCGGACAAGCUUGCGUAUUGUAGCUUCAUAUGUCGUCUGCACUUAACAAUUACCACAACCAAUGAGCACGAAUGAGCCGGAAGCGCGAAGGAUUGGCAGAGCUUCUGCAUUGGUCGCGUAGGCCAUCAACAUGCGACCAACCGGACCGACGUGAGGAGCGCCCUCAUACAGCCGUUAAUGAUUCGUCACCAGCACUUGUCCCCAACCGGCCGGGUCGCCCGCAUACGUCUCUGGGUUUAACGGGACGCGCGUCUGGCACCAAUCCUGUUACCUCGCCCAGCCACCUGUCGCACACCUCUAAUUCCGGCCGUUGCGGCUUGCCACCGCUGUCCAGAGGCGGGACCUCCGACAAGCCCGCCGGCACAGGGGUUGCCUCAGACCCCACACCCGACACCCUAUCCUACUUCCAAGAAGCCCUCUACAUCAACGGCCAACCCCACAAUGCCACCUCUCGCCUGCUCCGCCUGGGUGCGGGCGCCCCCAUUCCCGCCUCCCCACUCAAACACGGCGUCGGCAGCGGCGGCGGGGGCGGGGGCGCCGGCGGCCCCACCAUGCCGCCCAUCACCCCGCAAACACCCCACUCCCACUCCCGCACCCAGUCCCCCUCCGCCUCAGUGCCCCCACCGCCGCUCCUCUCCGGCCUGUCCGCCACCCUCAACGGCACCCUCGCCGCCACCACCUCCGGGCCGCUGCUCUCCGUCUCCCUCAUGGCGGCCGCUCCGGAACCCCCGCUGGCCUCCUCCCGCCCGCCCACGCAGUCCAUGCAGCUGCCUCUGGCGGGCCACCUGGUGCCGGCGGCGUGGUCCGGACUGCCGACCCCGCCCAGCGGCCCGCCGGGGGGCUUCAGCAGCCCGCCGCGCAUGGUGCACCGGUUCGGGUCGCGGGAGGACGCGGCGCUGAUUGAGGAGGCGCGGCGCAUGGCGCAGCAGGCGGUGGAGGUGCUGUACGGCAGUGACCAGGAGGUGAGCCCCGCCGACCGCGCCACCGCCGCCGCCGCGCUGCAGCAGCUGGAGUCGCUGCUGGGCCCCCGCGAGGUGAGCAUGACGGCGCUGGCGCAGGCGGUCAAGAGCCUGCGGGCGGAGCUGGGCAGGGAGCUGCACCUCUCGGAGAAGCAGAUGUCGUUUGCCCGGGCGCAGCUGCGGGCCCUAGAGCGGCAGCACGAGCGGCUCCGGAACCAGCUGCAGCCGCGACCCGACCCCAUCGUCCCGCCCCCGUCACAGCCCUCCGCAGCAGCACCCGAGCAGCAGGCAGUCGCGCCCAUCAGCCCCAAACCCGCAGAGGGCGACCCGCCGCCCCUGCCCCUACCCCUACCCGUCGGAGGCGGGCUGGCACUGGGCCGCAGCAGCAGCAUCACCAACCUGGGCCCCCUGCCCUUCAGCUGCUCCGCGCCCCAGUCGCCCCGCGGCUCCUACCCGCUCACCGCUCGAUCCUACACAGGCGGCCUGGGCGGCGUCGGCAGCAGUACGGCGCUGAGUGAAGUCAGCGGGCUGAUAGCACCCGCCGGCGGCGGUGCUAGCGGCGGAUCCAGCAGCGCUCGGGGGUCACAUGGCGACGGCGGGCCGGAAGCGGACGGCACGGGUGCCUCCGCCGCACCUGGCAGCGCAGCCGGUGACGCCGCCGGAGGCGGCGCCAACGCCGGCGGCGGUGCCGUAGUGAGCAGCAGCAGCGUCAUCAUGAACAGCGACCGCUGGAGUCUGAGCGGCGCCAUGGAGCGCACGCUGCAGCUGCGGGCGCUGAGUCGCGCGGAGGCGGCGCUGCAGGCGGUGGCGGCGGCGCACGCGCGGGAGGAGCGGCCGCCCAGCAAUGGUGGCGGGGAGGGGCUGCCGCUGGUGGAUGUGGAGGAGCUGAGGCGGCUGAAGCACGCGCCGGGCACCGCGGAUGGGAAGGCCGACGAGCCUCCCUCCUACCUGGGUGUCAACGUGCGCCGGGCGCCCUCGCCGCUGUCCCCCGGAGCCGACUCGGGCGGCCGCAGCGGCGGCGGCAGCAGCGCAGGCGGCGGCUGCGGGUCGGCCGACCCACGGGCCACCCUGCAGUGGUCCAACCGCGGCAUCUCCACCUCCAAGAUGCCGCUGCUGCGGGAGGUGCUCAAGGAAUCCCCGCAGCUAGUGCGGCUGUGUCUGGCGGGCAACAAGCUGUCCAACGAGGACGUGGCGGAGCUCAUGUCGCUGCUCUCCGCGCCCGACGCGCCCCGCGUGCGCGACCUAUCCCUCGAGCAGAACACCAACCUCACCUGGCGAUGUGCGCUGCCGCUCGCCCUCGCACUGGGCAUGAGUCCCGACCUGGCAGCGACAGCAGCAGCAGCCGACUGGGCGGCGGUGGCGGCGGCACUGCCCUCGGCCGCCUCCGCCCCACACUCCUCCCACGCCCACUCCUCCCAUCCACACCCCCACUCCUCCCACCCACACCCCUCCCACUCCUCCCACCCCCACUCCUCAUCGCACACCCACUCCCACUCCUUCUCCGCCGGCACCUCCUCCUCCCCCUCCCCCGCCACCCUCCUGGCUCCCAGCGGCGCCCUCCCCUCCGCCCGCGACAAGGUCCGCCGGCUGGGCCUGCACCACCUCAACCUCUGCGGCGUCAAGCUGGGCGACAAGGGCGUCAUGCAGUUGGCGGAGGGGCUGCGAGCCAACCACUCCCUCCGCGAACUCGACCUGCGCCGCUGCGGCGUCAGUGACGCAGGCGGCGCGGCGCUGCUGGAUGUGUUGGGCAGCAACGGCAGUCUGCAGCGGCUGGAGCUGAGCUGGAAUGCGCUGCGGGGGGAGAGUGCGCGAGUGCUGGAGGGGGCGCUGGCGGGGAAUGCGGGGCUGCGGGAGCUGGGGCUGGCGCAUAACGGGUUUGGGGAUGUGGACGGCGCGAGGGUGGUGAAGGGGCUGCUGAGCCAUGGCAAGUGGUUGCGUGUGGACCUGUCCCACAACACGCUGGGCCCCGGCAGCUGCAUCAUGGUGGGGGAGCUGAUGCGGAGGCUGGGCGAGGUGGCGG